CCGUGGCGCCAUCGUGUUGUGUCGUCCGUGCUCCCGAGUUCGUGCAGUGGACCACAGUUUGCUCUCAGCAGCUCAUCGUGUCACUGUGAGAGAUAGACGCGCCUUCUUCGUGUCGUGUGUAUAUAUCAAGCAGUGCGAAUCUCGUCGCGAGAGCCGUGUGUGCGAAAAAUGUCUGGACAGUGAGCGAGAAUAGAGAGAUAAUAAACAGUGACGCCGCCGAAAGUUUCGCCGCGGGGGGAAGAGACGGCGUGUGAAAUCGCGGCGCGCGAACUCGAAACGGACGGGCGCGCGCGACACAUGAGGAGGAGGCGAACUCGCCGGGCGAGUUUGGACGAAGAGGAAGCAGCCAAGAGCGAUCUUAAAGCGGGGAAUGCAGCUUCGGGAUCGUCGUCUGCGGCCGCGGCCGGCCGCUACGCACUCGGAGACAUGACGCGAUGAUCGUCGAGGUACCCGGUGCAACCGCCUUUACUACUCCAUCACGCUGCUGCCGUCGUCGUCGUCGUCGUCGUCGUCGCCGUUCACAUCCUCCGCCCGCGAACUCCUCUCUCUGUCUCUCUCUGUCCUCUUCUCUAUCUAUCUCUCUCUCUCUCUCUUAUCUCGCCCGCUCCCGUGUGUGCGCGUACCGCCCCGUAGUCGGCACGGAAAGUGUGACGAAUAAGUUGUUUCUACCGUUCGUCGUAAACGCUCCAGCCAAGGAAUCAUGGAUGAUGUGCACGGGCUUCGUCUAGUUAGUGAGCUCGGUCAGGAGGAUAUCGCCGGAGAUGACAUCGGGACGUCGACAAUCGUCAGCAUGCCCAUUGGGAAAAGCUGCCGGCAAAGCUACGAGCUGCAGCAUCGUCAACGCAGCACCGAGCUCUCGCUUUCAUCGACACGGCGUCACCGAGUCACGGCGAAGCGAACCAAGCUGAAUUUCGACAUUUCCAGAGCGAGCCACCAACAGAGACGAGGCGAACAGCAGGAAACCCACCAGACAUCGCGCAGCUUCACCGUCAACGGCGUUCUUCACCUGCUCGUCCUGGUCGGCCUUUUCGCUCUCAGCACGGCCGAGGCACGGACUUUCUGUCCAACUGGCUGUACUUGCGACGACGACACCCUGGUUGUCUCCUGUGUAGGCGCCAAUCUGGACGUAAUACCGAUCGCGCUGAAUCCUAGCAUUCAGCGGAUAGUGUUGAAGGACAAUCGCAUCAAAAUCGUAGACGCGGCGGCCUUCCAGUUCUAUGGCGAUUUGAAGAACGUGGAUCUCUCCAGUAAUCACUUGUUCACCAUACCGAACGGCAGUUUCGACGCUCAACGACACUUGGUAGAACUUCACUUGAAGCACAAUAAGAUCUCGGCGCUGACUGAGAAAACGUUCCAGGGCCUCAAGUCUCUCACAGUGUUAAAUCUGCGAGACAACUAUCUGGAGACGCUAAAUAGCGGUCUGUUUGCCUAUCUGUCGAAGCUCGAAGAGCUCGAUUUGGGUCAGAAUCGCAUAUCGAAAGUCGAACCAGGUGCAUUCCAAAAAUUAGGCACUCUUCGGGUGCUGUAUCUCGAUGACAAUCAAUUGCGAACCAUUCCAUCACCAGCUUUGGCGCCGAUGAAGGCCCUCGCUGAGCUUCACAUCGGCUGGAACGCCUUUUCCUCGUUGCCAGACGAUGCAUUUAAAGGUCUUGAGCAGUUGGCGGUACUGGAUAUCAUGGGUGCCGGGUUGGACAAUAUUAGUGACGGGGCGUUUCGCGGCUUAAACGCCCUUCGCAGCUUGAAACUGAGCGCCAACAAGUUACGCGAAGUACCGACGAAGCAACUGGCGGUGUUGCCACGCCUAGAAGAACUCACCCUGGGUCAGAACUUUUUCACGAUUCUGCGAUCGGGCGCCUUCCAAAGUCUGUCAACGCUGAAGAAACUCGACGUGUCCGGUGCUAAGCUGCUAACCACUGUUGAGAAGGGAGCCUUCUCGGACAAUGCUAAUCUGGAGACUCUCGUAUUGAACAGUAAUAAACGGCUAGCCACCAUGGAAGAUGGUUCCCUGGCUGGUUUACCGAAUCUAAGGCAUCUGAUGUUGCGCGACAACGCUUUUGUCACAUUUUCGGAAUCACUGGUCGCCUGGAAUGAACUACGCCGACUAGAUCUCAGCGAGAAUCCGUUAAUCUGUGACUGCAGUCAACUCUGGUUGGCCGAGGUUCUCGUACCGCGGAAUUCUAGUCCAGUGAUAUGCGCUGAGCCACCCGAAUCCAAGGGCAAACCUAUCAAGGGCAUGACUCCCGACGAAUUGGGCUGUGCUUUCUCGGAUCCGCGAAAACAGGCUCUGCUGGCAACGGUAUGUGCCGCCGGAUUGGCCCUCUUUACCGGUAUCGCUCUGAUUUUGUACUACCGAUGCCGCAGACGCGUACGAGACGCACUCAAGGAUUACAAAUGGAAGAAUCGCGCGAUAUCGCGGAAGGAGCACGAAUAUCAGAAAACCUUUUCCGAUGACGAGUACAUUGUUCGUUCAGCGCACGCUCAUCACCAUCAUCAUCACCAUCAACCGCCGCAGUCCCAACCAGUGUCCACGCAUCAUCACCACCAUCAUCUUCAGCAGCAGCUGCAACAACAACAACAGCAGCCGCAUGCACAAAUGACGGCCGGUAUCAAACCGAUACCGGUGACGGAGCUGUAGCUAGAACUUCGGGCGGCGAGCCCCGGGACCGGCGGAGUCUGGUUU